GGCGCCGCCUGUGAGCGGGCGACGAGCGGGGACCGGCCGGGCCGGCGGCGGCGCCGAGGCCGACAAGCCGCGCGGGCCGGGCCGGGCCGAGCGAGCGGGAGCGGAGCGGAGCCUCGGGCGGCGGGAGGAACAGCGCCGCCGCCGCCAAGAUGGCCGACCUGGAGGCAGUGCUGGCCGAUGUGAGCUACCUGAUGGCCAUGGAGAAGAGCAAGGCCACGCCGGCCGCGCGCGCCAGCAAGAAGAUCCUGCUGCCGGAGCCCAGCAUCCGCAGCGUCAUGCAGAAGUAUCUCGAGGACCGAGGAGACGUGACCUUUGAAAAGAUCUUCUCACAGAAGUUAGGGUACCUGCUUUUCCGAGACUUUUGCCUGAAUCAUCUGGAAGAGGCCAAGCCCUUGGUGGAGUUCUAUGAAGAGAUCAAGAAAUAUGAGAAGCUGGAGACAGAGGAGGAGCGGGUGGUCCGCAGCCGGGAGAUCUUUGACUCCUACAUCAUGAAAGAACUGCUGGCCUGCUCACACCCCUUUUCAAAGAAUGCUACCGAGCAUGUCCAGGGCCACCUGGUGAAGAAGCAGGUGCCUCCAGAUCUCUUCCAGCCAUACAUUGAGGAGAUCUGUCAGAACCUCCGAGGGGAUGUAUUCCAGAAGUUCAUUGAGAGUGACAAGUUCACACGGUUCUGCCAGUGGAAGAAUGUAGAACUCAACAUCCACCUGACCAUGAAUGACUUCAGUGUGCAUCGAAUCAUCGGUCGUGGGGGCUUCGGUGAGGUCUAUGGGUGCCGGAAAGCAGACACAGGCAAGAUGUACGCCAUGAAGUGUCUGGACAAGAAACGCAUCAAGAUGAAGCAGGGAGAGACCCUGGCUCUGAACGAGCGGAUCAUGCUUUCCCUUGUCAGCACCGGGGACUGCCCCUUCAUCGUGUGCAUGUCAUAUGCAUUCCACACACCAGACAAGCUCAGUUUCAUCCUGGAUCUCAUGAACGGUGGGGACCUGCACUACCACCUCUCUCAGCAUGGAGUCUUCUCUGAGGCCGACAUGCGCUUCUACGCAGCUGAGAUUAUCCUGGGUCUUGAACACAUGCACAACCGUUUUGUAGUCUACAGGGACCUGAAGCCAGCCAACAUUCUCCUGGACGAACAUGGCCACGUGAGAAUCUCGGACCUUGGCCUAGCCUGUGACUUCUCCAAGAAGAAGCCCCAUGCCAGUGUGGGCACGCAUGGGUACAUGGCACCCGAAGUGCUACAGAAGGGUGUAGCCUACGACAGCAGUGCUGACUGGUUCUCCCUGGGCUGCAUGCUCUUCAAGUUGUUGCGGGGACACAGCCCCUUCCGGCAGCACAAGACCAAAGAUAAGCAUGAGAUUGAUCGCAUGACAUUGACAAUGGCUGUUGAGCUGCCUGAUUCCUUCUCCCCUGAACUCCGGUCCCUGCUGGAAGGCUUGCUGCAGAGGGAUGUCAAUCGGAGGCUAGGCUGUCUGGGCCGAGGGGCUCAGGAGGUAAAAGAAAGCCCCUUCUUCCGCUCCCUGGACUGGCAGAUGGUCUUCCUGCAGAAGUACCCACCUCCACUGGUCCCCCCACGUGGGGAGGUGAAUGCAGCGGAUGCUUUUGACAUUGGCUCCUUUGAUGAGGAGGACACGAAAGGAAUCAAGUUACUGGACAGCGACCAGGAGCUCUACCGCAACUUCCCUCUCACCAUCUCGGAGCGGUGGCAGCAGGAGGUGGCAGAGACUGUCUUUGACACCAUCAAUGCUGAGACAGACCGACUGGAGGCACGAAAGAAAGCCAAAAACAAGCAGCUGGGCCACGAGGAAGACUAUGCCCUGGGUAAGGACUGCAUCAUGCAUGGCUACAUGUCCAAGAUGGGCAACCCCUUCCUGACCCAGUGGCAGCGGCGAUACUUCUACCUGUUCCCCAACCGGCUCGAGUGGCGCGGUGAAGGAGAGGCUCCGCAGAGCCUCCUGACCAUGGAAGAGAUCCAGUCGGUGGAAGAAACACAGAUCAAGGAACGCAAGUGUCUCCUGCUUAAGAUCCGCGGUGGCAAGCAGUUUGUCCUGCAGUGCGAUAGUGAUCCUGAGCUGGUGCAAUGGAAAAAAGAGCUGCGUGACGCGUACCGUGAGGCCCAGCAGCUGGUGCAGCGAGUGCCCAAGAUGAAGAACAAGCCACGCUCACCUGUGGUGGAGCUGAGCAAGGUGCCACUGAUCCAGCGUGGCAGUGCCAACGGCCUCUGAUCCACCCACCUGCUGCCCGCCUGCCCACCCGCCUUUUAUAAACCUCUAAUUUAUUUUGUUGAAUUUUUAUUAUUUGUUUUCCCGCAAAGCGGAAAAGGUUUUAUUUUGUAAUUAUUGUGAUUUCCUGUGGCCCCAGCCUGGCCCAGUCCCCAGGGAGGGGCCCGCUUGCCUCGGCUCCUGCUGCCACCAACCCAGCCGCUGUCUAGCACCCUGCCCUGCCCCUCCCCCUCCCAGGGUCUUUGCUCCCAGUGUCUUCCUCCAGGGAAGAGGAACAACCCUCAGCAGCCCUCUUGCCCUUCCAUGGGGCGAGCCACACUUGGUGUGUGUCUUACUUCAGGCUCUGUGGGCUGUGCUCAGCCUGUGGCCCAGCUGGGUGGCCCAGCACCCUACCCUAGGAAGGAAGGUGCAACACAGGGAUACUACUUGAACUUUCCUAUCACAGCCCUCAUGCCACAGAGGGACAGACCCCUGCUGUCCUGCCCUCUUGCCACUGGUGAGAGAAAGCCCUCAUCUCCCCAGACCUGGAGGUCUCCCACAGUGACAGGCUCCUGGGUCCUUGUUCAGGAAAGGCCUGGGUGUUGCCACUGCCCCCUCUCCCCUUCCUUGGACACUAGGGCUGGGUUAGGAAGCCGCCGUUGGCAGUGGCUGCUGCUGGCCUCCAUGCAAAUCCCCUCUUCCCGUUGCGUGCCUGGACUCAGGAGCACAGAAAAAGCAAUUGUGGAUUGGGCCACACUGGCCUCCCUGAACCUAGGUCCCCAGACCUGGGCUGGGUGAGGCUCACCUGCCUAGGACCACAGUGGGACAGCCUGGGCAGGUAGGUGGCACAGCAGAAGAGCCCAGCUGGGGCCAGCUCUCCCUGUCCUGGCUGGUCAGUGUGCCCCCACCCACACUGUCCAGCCCAUUAGCCCAUGUCAUGUCAGUGCCACCGCCCACAGGUGCCACCUUGCCCACCGCAUGCCCCCUUGUGCCAGUCGCGCAGCUGUGUGGUGUCAUGCCCGCUCCCCUGGGGCUGGGCCGGCACCCCCUCUCGUCUACUCACUCCCCGGGGCGUUUCUUUGCCGAUUUUUGAAUGUGAUUUUAAAGAGUGGAAAAUGAGACUAUGCGUUUUUAUAAAAAAAUGGUGCCUGA